GCCCCGCUCCGCUCUGUGCCCGCCGGGCCCAUAAAGCGGCGGCUGUCGGUUCGCUGCCCGAGCCAUGGCCGCGGCUGGGCGCAGGGCGGCGGUGGGGCUGGGGGUGGUGGGGGCCGCCUGUCUGCUGCUGGGUGUGUGCCUGCUGCUGGCGGGACCUGCCAUCAUCAAGGAGCAGGUCAUCAAGAACGUGCGGAUCGACCCCAGCAGCAUCUCCUUCAACAUGUGGAGGGACAUCCCUGUUCCUUUCUAUCUGACGGUGAACCUCUUUGAAGUGCAGAACCCCCAGCAGGUCCUCCAGGGUGCGAAGCCAAAGGUGAACCAGCGUGGGCCAUAUGUUUACAGAGAGUUCAAGUAUAAAACAAACAUCACAUUUCACGACAAUGACACCGUCUCCUACCUGGAGUACAGGCAGCUCUUCUUCAGGCCGGACUUGUCCAACGGCACCGAAGAUGAGUACAUAGUGAUGCCCAACAUCUUGAUGCUGGGAGCAGCUGUCAUGAUGGAAAACCUGCCCAGUUUUGUGAAGUUCUUGCUGAGCGGGGCCCUGGCUGGACUGAAGCAGGAGGCCUUCAUAAACCGGACGGUGGGGGAGAUCUUGUGGGGCUAUGAAGACCCUCUUUUAGACACAAUAAAUGCCAUUGUUCCUGGCCUGAUCCCAUACAAGGGUAAAUUUGGCAUAUUUAUAGAGUUUAACAACAGCAAUUCCGGAUUGUUCACAGUGAAUACAGGCAUGAAGAACAUCAGUCAGGUCCAUAUGGUGGAUUCGUGGAAUGGCUUGAAAAAGGUGAACUACUGGCGGAGCAAUGAGUGCAACAUGAUCAAUGGGACUGCAGGGGAGAUGUGGCCACCGUACAUGUCCCCAACAUCGCUGGAGUUCUACAGCCCUGAUGCCUGCAGAUCCAUGAAGCUGGUGUAUGAGCAGUCGGGGAAGUUCAAAGGUGUGCCCACCUAUCGCUUUGUGGCACCGAAAACGCUCUUUGCCAAUGGCACAGUUUAUCCCCCCAACGAAGGCUUCUGUCCCUGCAGGCAGUCCGGCAUCCAGAACGUCAGCUCCUGCAGGCUGAAUGCACCCAUGUUCAUUUCCCACCCUCACUUCUACAAUGGUGACCCAAGCCUGGUGGAUGCUGUGGAAGGUCUGAACCCCAGCAAGGAGGAGCACGCGCUAUUCCUUGAUGUGCACCCGAUGACAGGCAUCCCAAUGAACUGCUCCAUCAAGCUCCAGCUGAACCAGUACAUGAAGCAGGUGUCUGGUAUCCUUCAAACAGGGAAGAUCCAGCCAGUGGUGAUGCCGCUGCUGUGGUUUGCAGAGAGUGGAUACAUUGAUGGCUCAGUCCUGUCGCAGUUUUACACCAACCUGGUGCUGAUCCCAUCCAUCCUAGACUACCUGCAGUACAUCUUCCUUGGGCUCAGCGUCCCGCUCAUCAUCUCAGCUGCACUCGUGAUGAUGAGUCAGAAGUCCUCCAAGGAGAAGCACCCACACGACCCCACCACGCAGAGCCCCCCACCCCAGCCCUCUGAGACCACACCGCUCCUCCAGGACACCGAGAGCCAGGACACCGCCGAGGCCUGAACUUGGGAUGGGAACUGCUUCAGAUCACCACCAGUCUCCAGGAGGGGACGUGUCCUGGGCAGCCCCAUGGAGGCACAGCGAGUGCAUGGCCGGGAAGGCCUUGUCCAGGAACCCAAAACUCAGUGUGCGAGGGGCCUCGGCCAGACUGAGCUCUCCCCUGUGAGCAGGCAGGACUGGAAGCAGCUGCUGGCUCGUCUGUUGUUCUGCAAUGUAAAACUGCCUAUUGCCGGGAAUAAAAGCCACUUUAAUAGGAGCCCUUAGAAUAAAUAAGGUUUGUAUAUGUA